CUUUUCUAGUCCCUAUUCUUCAAGUUUGAUCAAGCGUAACUUCGACGCCAUGAGCACUGAUAAAAUUCCCAAUCUGCCAGUGACACAAAGAGCCUGGAGAGCUGUGAAGCGAGGGAAGCCUUCCGAAUCUCUUGUUUUGCAGACGGAUGUGGCUGUCCCCCCUCUCUCACCUGGAGAAGUACUUGUGAAGGUUCAGGCGGCAGCACUUAAUCCGGUAGGAUGGAAGCUCAUGUCGAGUGUGCCCAACGUCCUUGCCAGGAGACCACUUACACCAGAGCAUGAUCUCGCCGGCGUAGUCAUGGAUGCUAAUGGCACCGAGUUUUCCGCGGGAGACGAGGUUAUCGGGUAUAUACCAGUCUCACUGCAGUCGAAGACGGGACAGGGGGCACUGUCGGAGUACACAAAACUUCCUGCUGCUAAUUUAAUCUUGAAGCCAUCCAAUAUCUCUGCGAUUGAGGCUUGCGGUCUUCCUGUCGCUGGGCAGACUGCCUAUCAGGCCCUCAUCGGCAUUGGAAAACUUCAAGCUGGCCAGAGUGUGUUCAUCAAUGGCGGUAGUUCAACAGUUGGCAUGAAUGCUAUUUAUAUCGCGAAAGCUCUUGGUGCGAAGGUUGUAACCAGUGCUUCAUCAAGAAACGAGGAAUUUUGUCGUAACGCAGGGGCAGAUGAAUUUCUUGAUUAUACGAAAAGACCUCUUCAUGAGCACCUUGUGGAAAAUCCGCCUUCGCCCAAAUUUGAUAUCAUCUUUGAUGCCGUUGCAUUAGUCGACCCCGCUCUUUACAAGCACUCGAACGCCUACAUGAAGCCAAAAGGCAUAUUCAUAUCGACCGGACCUUGGCCGGACCUGAAAUCGUGGGGCGGGUCUACCGGUGUCUCAAAUAUGUUUUCUCUAGUCGGCGAGAUCAUGAAGCCAUCGUUCCUGUGUGGUGUUAAUGCCAAGUGGACCAUGGUGAGCGUCACUCACAGUCCACAGGAUCUUGCAAAGCUGCGUGAUUUGAUGGCAGAAGGCAAGCUCAAAGUGGCAGUAGAUUCCGUGUAUGGAUUCGAGGAUGUUCUCAGUGCGUACGACCGCAUCAUGACAUCACGAGCUACUGGCAAGGUUGUAGUCAAAGUAGAUGGAAGCCUGUGACAACGUUAUUCAAGUACGGCUGGUCUGUCAUAGAUACAUUUGUUACCUCCUGGUGGUGAUCAUACCUUAAAAUUGAUAUCGAAUCGGAAUCGCACCGAAGAAGUUGAUCGUCAGACCAAAAGUGAUGGCAUCUGGUUCUGACGAACUCGCCAUGAUAUUAGCACUAAGAUGUGUAUCGACUUAUGAGCCCAUCAGCAUUUGGCAGCUUGGGCAGGUCCUCCGGGACCACGGCGUGUCUAACGUUUUACAUUAAUUGGCCACAAGGAGCUGAUUAUGAAGCGAUAUUAUGUCAGCAGAUUAGAU